AUGCUGGAGCUGGAUGGAACGACGCUGACCUACGAGGUGUUUCGCGACGCAUGCCUCAGGCCGAACCGCCCCGCGAUUAUUCGAAAUGCGUGCCGCGACGCGAGCGGUGACAUCUGCUUUGACCUCGCAGCUCUCAAGCGCCGCCUCUGUCCACGAGAGCUAUGCCGCUGUCUCGGCUCACAGACUUUGGCUCCAGUCUACCCCGUGUCCUCCACGGCACAGGUGACGACAGGGUUUGACAGCAUGUCAGCGGCGAGAGAGGAGAGACGCCACGAGCCGCCGACGACGGUGAGGGAUGAGGAGGGCUGCUGUAAAAUGCUACCUCUUGAAGCGGUGGUGCACUCGUGGGCCACAUCGACGAGCGCGGCCGCCUGCUCUCCAUGGCCGCCGCACGUGUACUACCUGAAGGACUGGCACUUGCAAGCCGCACUCGAGAGCACCGCGGCCACUGAAACCGCGACAACGUCGUCGGCUGCAUCAUCACGGUUGUGCGAGUAUGCCAAGUGGCGGGCGAGCGGCACGCACGGCGACGGGCUCUACCGCGUCCCAAGGUUCCUUGGUGCGGACUGGAUGGACUCCUUUUGUUGUCGCCACGUGGUGCCCAACAAUGGUGUGCUGAGCAAGACUCCGCCAGCCCACGAUACAGACGCCAGCGCACAGAUGGGGUUUGGCAAUGGCGAGAGUGAUUACCGAUUUUGCUACAUGGGCCCCGUGGGGAGCUGGACGCCGCUGCACUGCGACGUGUUUGGCACCUACUCCUGGUCCUUCAACGUGUGCGGUGACAAGCACUGGUUGUUUCCGACAGUGGGGGGCAACGCGUACUUGCACGACCACCUUCUCCCGCUGUUCUCGACGCCGCCGGACAUCCGUGUGCUGGCGGGCUUUGAGCUCGAGGCGGUGGUGCAGCAUCCUGGUGACCUCGUCUUUGUGCCUGCCCUAUUCUACCACCAAGUGCACAACAUCACCGGCGAGGUGUUUCCCUUGUUCGCCAGUGAGGGGGCGGCUGCGGAGGACGACCGUGGCCAAGACGCCGUCGAGCCAGCUGCGUCAGCUGAGGCGGAUGUACACCUGUCGGCGACGCUGACAGUCUCAUUGAAUCACAACUGGUGCAACGCAUUCAACCUGGAGCGCAUGGCGAAGGCGUUUUUGGCCGAUGCACGGCAGCUUUCGUCCCACCUCUCCGUGGAAGACUUGGCCCUCAUCUGCGACACACGCGACUCGGCGGUGUGGCGGCGGUUUGCAGACAGGAUGCUUCACAACGGGACGAACUGGUCGUUUGCGAGCAUGACCUGCUUCCUGGACCACUGCCUGGCGCAGCUCGAUUCAGGUGCGGAUGGGGCCGUUGGGGCAGAGGACGAGCGUAGCGCGGCAGUGGAUGAGCUGCACCGACUGCGUGGCCAAGUUGUUGAAGAGUACGCGCACCUGCUCGAGGAAAAGAGGCCUUAA